AUGUCGGGAAGAGGCAAAGGAGGAAAAGGUCUUGGAAAGGGGGGCGCCAAGCGUCACAGGAAAGUCCUUAGAGAUAACAUCCAGGGUAUUACCAAGCCCGCCAUCCGUCGUCUUGCACGUAGAGGUGGAGUCAAACGUAUCUCUGGACUCAUUUACGAGGAGACCCGUGGUGUGUUGAAAGUUUUCCUUGAGAACGUGAUUCGUGAUGCUGUCACCUACACCGAGCACGCCAAGAGAAAGACAGUCACAGCCAUGGAUGUUGUCUACGCCCUCAAGAGACAGGGACGCACCCUUUACGGAUUCGGUGGUUAGAUACUCUAUCACCGUUUGUGCA